AUGCAGUGCAGUCCUACCAAUUUGGCUGAAACUGAAUGGAAUCUUAGCGUAUUGGACUUGUCUGAUAAUCAGCUGGUAACUACUGAUAGCCAGUUGAUGUCAUAUUCAAAAAUCACUCGACUGUGUUUAUCCUCGAAUAUUUUAAAUCAGCUGUGCCAUUCUGCAUUCCAUGGAGAUCUGUUACAGGAACUCAUACUUGACAAUAAUAAUCUAACGUCAAUAGAUUUAUUGAGUGAAUGUUGCCUGCCAAAUCUGAUUCACCUGAGCAUAAAUCAUAACAGGAUUACUGAGCUACCUUUACUUCCUUUUCCAUUAAUGAGAAAACUGUCAGUUAUGCAUAAUCUGAUAUACGAAACUGAAUAUUUCCUAAGAAGUUUGCGGUGUAUAUCAAGCAUGUGUGAGAUAGAUAUUCGAAAUAAUCCUUGUACACUGAAUGGGAACUUCGUAAAAUCAGUUAAAACGAAAUUCCCUAAAUUGAUAGCCUGUGAAAACGACCAUUGUGAAAGCACAGGACUGGUCAAUCAACAAGAGGUGAAGUUCACAACUAUCAAUGAAGGCAUCUGUCAGUGUGUAAAUUGUAAUCAUGUAAAAGUGUUAUGCGAACAGUAUUGUCAGGAAUAUCAGGCGUAUUCGAAAGAUUUAGAUGCAUUAAUCAGGUGUUUACAUGGUACAUUUAUGAACUGUAGAAUAAAUGGUUUCAAUGAGACAAAUUCAGUUGGCUGUGUAUCAUGUCACUUGAGCUGUAAAACCAGUCAGAAAGAAUCAUGCGAUCAGCUUCUACAUUUAAACAAAGAGAAUAUCUUGUUAAAUAUCUGUGAAGAUGGGAACAAAUUGUCUCUUGUCAGUAGAUACAGGGACCUCGUAGAGGAAGCAAAUUCAACAAAUAAUAAAAACGCUUUGUUACUCGGAAGACUGUUCAAUAGAGGAAAUAAAGACUUACUCAAUGACAAGAUGAAUAGCGUUUUCCAGUUCAGCUGUCACACGUUAUAA